AUGUUGACUUUGGAACUAUUGACGUUGGCUGUGGUGGUGGGCCUUAUACACUUUUCUAUUAUUAUCUGGAAGUCAAUGACGUACUGGAAGGAAAGGGGAGUAAAACACCAUACUCCUGUUCCAAUAUUUGGAAAUUUUUUGUCUGUGAUCAGUUUUAGAAAACAUUUUUUUCAUUAUUAUGACAAAGUAUAUAAAGCAUUCCCGAACGAAAGGAUGGUUGGUCUUUACGAGUUCAUGACACCCACCCUCGUACUUCGAGACACACAGCUCAUCGAGCAUGUGCUCAUUCGAGAAUUUUCAACAUUCCCUGACCAUGGGUCUUUUCUGUUCGAACCAUCCAGUGUGAUGUAUGACAGCAUUUUUAACAUGAGUGGUAUCAGGUGGCGAGCUCUAAGGAACAAGUUGCUGAUAACAUUUACUACUGGUAAGAUGAGAUCCGUCUUUCCUUCUCUUUCUGAAUCCUGUUUGCAAUUGCUCAAUAGCAAUCCUAAAACUCUGGAAAGAGAAAUGCUGAGUGAUUUAGCCAUUAGAACUUUUAUGGAAAGUAUGUUUGGCACCAAAAUACUAAAAUCAGCUGAAGCGGAGAUCUACACCAAAGCUAGGAAAAUAUUUGAACCAACAUGGUGGAGAUAUACCCAACAAACUCUUCUCACAUACUUUCCCAAGUUAGCAGAUUUUUUGCACCUCACCUUUAUGCCGAAGCAUCUUGACAACUAUUUUAGGUCCAUAAUGAACACCAUCCUCAACCAAAGGGUGGAUUCGAUGGAAGAUAGGAAUGACUAUGCUCAAGUUCUGGUACAGAUGAGAGAGCAGAAAAAAUUAAAUAUUUACAACAGGGAAAACAAAAAAGUAGACCAGACAUUUGAUGUUACAAAUGAUUUGGCAAUUGCACAAGCCUUCAUGUUUUUCUUUGCUGGAAUGGAUGCAACUUCUCUGCUCAUGUUAUACACAGCUGCAAACUUAGCUCAGUCUAAAAAUUGCCAAGCUAAAGCUCGAGAGGAAAUCAAGACUGUCCUACACAAAUAUGGAGGUUAUUCCUGGGAAGCUGUGAGAGAUAUGAAGUAUAUAGAUUCCUGUGUGCAGGAAACCCUAAGAAUGCAGCCAUCACUUCAGUUCUUAAACAGGGUAUGUGACAAGGACACAUCAAUUGAUGGAGUCAAGCUUGUUAAAGGAACUAGGAUAAUUAUACCUAUCCAUACCAUACAAAUGGACCCAAAGAAUUUUCCUAAUCCUGAAAAAUUUGAUCCAGAAAGAUUUAUGGAAGGGAUAAAUGACAAGUUUGCACACCUUCCAUUUUCUGAUGGGCCCCGAGUUUGUCUGGGUAAAAGGUUUGCUACUAUGGAGACUACAACAUUUAUGGCUCAUCUUCUUGAAAAUUUUGAAUUGUCACUCAGUCCUGAAACUAAGUUGCCACUGAAGUACCAACCCACAGCGCUCUUCCUUACUCCCAAAGCAACUAAUCCAAUAAAAAUUGAUCUGAAAAGAAUUAAUUAG